AUGAGUGUAAGCAGCCUGGUUGUGGUGCUGCAGUACGAAGCGAAGUACGAGGAGGUAGAGGAGAUGAGCCGGCGGGCGCUGGGAGGGAGAGAGAAGAAACUUGGUGAGGACCACCCCUCUACGCUGACGAGCUUAAACAACCUGGCAGUGGUGCUGCAAGACCAAGGGAAGUACGAGGAAGUAGAGGAGAUGAACCGGCGGAUGCUGAUAGGGAGAGAGAGGAAGCCUGUUGAGGGCCAUCCUGACGCGCCGAGGAGUGUAAGCAACCUGGCGCUGGUUCUGCAAGACCAAGGGAAGUACGAGGAGGCAGAGAAGAUGAACCGGCUGGCGCUGGCAGGGAAAGAGAAGACACUUCGCGAGGACCAUCCCGACAGGGUGACGAGCGUAAGCAACUUGGCGCUGGCAGGGAGACAGAAGAUGCUUGGCGAGGACCACCCCGACACCCUGGAAAGUCUAUACUAUCUUGCACAUCUCCUGGACAUACUUAAGCAGUAUGAGGAGGCGACAAGCUUAUACGAGAGAUCAUGCGCUAGAAUUGACUAG